AGUUCCUCUUGUAUGACCAAGUAAGUCCCCUAACUUUUGAUGUUUCAAAGUUUGAAGAAAUCCAUAACAUAGAAAUUAAUGAAUGAACAUGUCAACAAAUGAAUUAAACACACGGUUUUUGUUUCUUUAAUUUCCCUUUCCACCACUUCAACUCUUCACAACAAUUAAUUCUUCUUUCAAUCCAAUCGAACUCAAAAUAUCAUAACUGUUCCUCCUCCUCCUUCUUCUCUCUGUCUUUAUAGAUCAGUUUCAGUUGUUUUGAUUUUCCAAUAUGGUGCAACAAUCAUUGAUAUACAGCUUCGUGGCGCGCGGCACGGUGGUCCUGGCUGAGCAUACUGAUUUCAUCGGAAACUUCCCUGAAAUAGCAUUGCAAUGCCUGCAGAGACUCCCGGCAACCAACACGAAGUUUACUUACAACACAAACGGCCAUACCUUCAACUACCUUGCCCAUGAUGGAUUCACUUAUUGCAUUGUUGCAGUGGAGUCUUUUGAUGGCCAUAUUGCAAUGGCCUUUCUUGAACGCAUCAAGGAGGACUUUACCAAAAGAUAUGGUGGAGGAAAAGCUGCAACUGCAACAUCUAAAAGCUUAAACAAAGAAUUUGGACUGAAAUUGAAGGAGCAUAUGCAAUAUUGUGUGGAACAUCCAGAAGAGAUUAGCCAACUUGCCAAAGUGAAAGCUCAAGUUUCUGAAGUCCAAGAUGUUAUGAUGCAAAAUAUUGAUCAGGUCCUUAAUCGUCAAGUCAAGAUUGAUGUUUUGAUGGACAAAUCUGACAACCUUCGCAGUGAGGCACAAGUUUUCAGGCAGAAUGGAGGCCAACUAAGAAGAAAGAUGUGGUUUCAAAACAUGAAGAUAAAAUUAAUAAUUCUUGCCAUCAUAAUUGUCAUCAUUCUUAUAAUUGUUCUUGUUGUUACAUAAUUGAAAUGGUAGAGUUAUGUUACAUAGGUUUGUUAUUUUGUAAUGUGAAGUGUGUGUGUUAAACUGUUAAUAGGCUAUAUGGGAUUUUGUUUAGGCAGCUAUAUGGGUUAUUGUAUAACUACUAUAAUAAGUCUUCGGGAAACAUAUAUGUCCAAAGUAAAUAAGAUUUUGAGUUUAAUUUUCAUAAUAUAUGUAUUAAAAAGAUUUAGGAAAA